AUGAUAUCGCCGUGGGAUCCGCUUUACGGCGUGCCUCCCGCCGUCUGGGAUGACAGGAGUGCGGGGGCGGAGUCCGCGACGCCGCCGGGCGGAGCUUGCGGCCCCAGUCUGCGGCGCAGCGCCAGCUAUCGAUCUGUCGGCGGCGGCCGUGGCGGCUGCGGCGGCGACGAAAGCCGCUGCCAGUGCGGCCGAAAUAUACCUUUUUCAUCUGCUGUCGCAUUUGAUACUGCUCGAUAUUGGAAAGCUGACACCACUCAUGCUGGCGCGUCGAAGAAACAGCGCGACGCGGGCCGCUCGGCCAGCCCGCUGAGCGACGGCUCGUCCAACUCGGUGACGUCGCACGGCCAUGGGCACGGGCACGCGCGCGGGCACGGCCCCGCGGGCCGCGAGCCCCCGCGCGCCGCCCACGCAGCCACCGUCGCCGCCGCCAACGCCGCGCCUCUGGGGCGCUCGCCCGGACUUCGAGGAAAUAACAAAGGUGUUUGA